GGAGCGCCAGCGCCGUCCGAAGACGACUCACAGACAUCGCCGCGACCGGUUGUUCGACAUAGUACUGCAAGACUAUAGUGCUCGCUCCGUUUCCGUUUCGCUUGGAAUUCGCCGUUUUCGUGAUCGACUGGUGGGCGCCCCUCUCCCUAGACCGACUGACUCCCCCAUCUUGCCGAGAAACCGAUGUGUGAAACAAGCUUUUGCGUUUCAAGCUGAGACACACGUACACCCGAAAACAGCGAUAAUACGAAUUGGCCACGCUCGUUGUUUGGUUAAUUCAAUUAAGUGCGUCGGACAGAAGAAAGCCACUUGGCUAGCCCCCGAAACCAAGUGAUAAUCCAUCAAGCCGCCACAAAAGCGCUUUUAUUGGGCCCUAAAAAAAAGAAAGUCGCCGCACAAAGGUUACACAACCGAAGCGUGCAAUUGACCCACGGAUCACGGAUCACGGAGCACGAAUCCCCUGAACUCUCCGUGCAGUGCGGAGUACGCAACAUAAAAGCAGCAACGCCACCAUGACGACUGCGGCGAAAGUAAUCUUGGCCUGCUGCCUGCUGGGCGCCUUCCACAUGCAGAUCAGCUCGUCAUCGGCCAUUCCCAUCUGGGAGUUCCUGACCCGAAACGAGAAGAUGUCCCACCUCUACUCAACAUUCGCCCAAUUGGUUAGCGUGCACUGCAAGUCAACAGCCGCCGUCGGAGGCCUCCCAGUGAACCAGUGCAAGCACAACCUGCUCGGUUACGGGUCCGCCAAGCUGCAGACGCUCUCCGACGCCCAGCUGGAGGCACUAGAUCCGUAUCAGCGCGAUGCCAACGAGCUGAUCUGGUCAUCGAUUAUGCGGGACCAUCCGAGCGGAGCCAGCCUAGUGACCACGAGGCAGCCGCUCCAACAGCCCCUGCCCACUCCGCCCGCGUCCUCUCUGAUCAUCCUAACGCGCCAGCAACUACCGCACGGAGCAUCCCAUGCCCAUGCCAUCCAGAGCUCCGGCUCCGCCACCAAUCCAAUCUUCGAGAGCGGCGAGCAGAAGCACAAGUACGCCAUGGACAUGGACAUGGCCUACGGCUACGGGCCCCAGUCCAGCAGUGAGCUCCCAGUGGCCGCCGCCCUGACUUCAGAACCGCCCAAGAGAUUCCUCACCGGACCUCUGGUGAUCCGCGUGCGACCCGAUGGCUCACCGGUAGAGGAGGACAAGAGGAUGCCACUGCCGCGGGACGAAGACCUGCCCUACUUCCGCCUUGGUUUGGCCGCCGCUCAGCCCAACAGGCAUCGCAAGAUCGCCACAAUCAGCGCCUUGAAGCAGCAGCACUUCGCCUCCAUCCUGCAGAGCGACCUCCAGCCACCCCACCAGACGCAGAGGCGCCUGUUCCGCCAGCAGCAGGCGUAAGAUCGCGUCCAGAGGAUCCGCAGACCUAGACCUAAGUCCUUGUGUGAAUGUGAUAGAGCAGAUCAGGAGGUCAUCCUGCAUCGUAGAGUGCGAGAGUGAACUAGUGAGCCUUCUAGUUGUAGCCGUUUGAGGAGUUUUCUUGAAUGCACUUGAGCUUUAAUGGAAUUUCGUAUCGUAUUCGUUUAAGUUUUUUUAAUUUUAUUUAUUCGCGUGCAUUAGCCGUAAGAUCACAUAGAGAUUCUUGAGUAAUAAACCGCAUGAUGAUUAUCAUUGUUACGAACGUA